CAAGGUUUCAUCAUUAAUUCAUCUCCUUUCUUUCAACACUUUCUCAUCAACAAAUGAACCAUCAGGUGUUACUCCUCUUCUUCUUCAUCUUCUCUUCGUUUUCAAACCUUUCUCUCUCUGAUCCACGAGCUACCGAGGCAGCUCUCGUAUGCACCAACAGAACCGCUUCAAUAACCAACCGCAAGACCUUUGCCGCCAAUUUCUUGGCCGCCAUGAACACAUUCACGCCGCUCAUCGUCCGUCAGAGGUACGCCGCCUUCGUCAACGGAAGCGGUGACACCAAAGUCUACGCCUUCGGUGAGUGCAUGAAAGACCUGGAUCAAAGCGACUGUAACGUCUGCUUUGCCCAAUGCAAAGCGCAAGUCUUGAGAUGUCUCCCGUUUCAGUCGGGCACACGCGGAGGCAGGCUUUUCUACGACGGCUGUUAUUUAAGGUACGACGAUUAUAACUUCUUCGGCGAAAGCUUGAGUCAAGGAGACACUACUGUUUGUGCCACCAAGGAUGUUGUCGGGUCCAGUAACCGAACAGGUUUUAGAGCAAACGUGAUGGCGUUGGUGACAAAUUUGAGCGUCGAAGCCCCAAAAAACGAUGGGUUCUUUGUUCGAUCUAUGGGUAAAGAUGACAAUGUUUCGGUUUAUGGAUUGGCUCAGUGCUGGGAACUGGUGAAUGCGAGUGCUUGUGGAAGUUGCUUGGCUGAUGCGGUUUCUAGGGUUACUUCUUGUCUUCCUAAGGAAGAAGGAAGAGUGUUAAAUGCUGGUUGUUACUUGAGAUAUUCGACUCGUAAGUUUUAUUACAAUUCAAGCGUCCCACCAGUUUCUGAAAAUCCAGGAAGAAGAAGAUUAGCUAUUAUCCUGGCAACAACGUUCUCUGCAAUGGCUCUAACAUUGAUCAUUGGAGCAGCCAUUUUCUUUGUUAAUAAGAAGCUUGUGAAGAAAAGGGAAGAAAGUAAACAACUUGGAGCUUUAUCACCCUUGCUGAACAAGUCCAAGUUGAAUUUUUCGUAUGAAUCUCUCGAAAAGGCUACAGAUUACUUCGACGACUCGAACAAGCUCGGACAUGGCGGAUCCGGUUCGGUGUACAAAGGAACUUUAUCUGAUGGCAAAGUUGUUGCAGUAAAGAGGCUUUUGUUUAAUACAAGGCAAUGGGUGGAUCAUUUCUUCAAUGAAGUGAAUUUAAUCAGUGGCAUACAUCACAAAAAUCUCGUUAAGCUGUUGGGAUGCAGCAUUACCGGCCCGGAAAGCCUUCUUGUUUACGAAUAUGUGUCGAACCAGAGCCUACAUGAUUACCUCUUCGUUAGAAGAGAUGUUGAGCCAUUAAGAUGGGAGGCACGGUACAAGAUCGUGUUGGGUACGGCCGAGGGCUUGGCCUAUCUGCACGAGGAAUCGAAGUUGAGGAUCAUACAUCGAGACAUAAAACCUAGCAAUAUUUUGCUUGAUGAAGACCUCAAUCCAAAAAUCGCUGAUUUUGGCCUUGUUAGACUUUUCCCGGAAGAUAAGUCUCACAUCAGCACCGCCGUCGCUGGCACAUUAGGAUACAUGGCUCCGGAAUAUGCCGUCCGUGGCAAGUUAUCUGAGAAGGCUGAUGUUUAUAGUUUUGGUGUUUUCGUUGUUGAAAUUACUUGCGGGAGAAGGAACAAGUGUUUUUCUCCUGAUGUUGUCUGUAUCCUACACAUGGUUUGGGAUUAUUAUGCAGCAGAUAAAUUGAGGGAAGCUGUUGAUCCGGUUAUAGAAUAUCAUUUUCAAGAAAAGGCCUCUAGGUUGCUUCAAAUUGGCCUACUCUGUGUACAAGCCUCGGCAGAAAUUCGACCAUCGAUGUCAAGGAUCAUGCAAAUGCUUACCGAAGAUACUCUCGAAAUUCCCCGGCCGAUGCAGCCUCCACCUUUCUAUUGUGUUAGUAGUUCGGAAGUUAGCCAAAACAUUACAGCUGCAACUUGCAAUUCUCAACCCGAGUCUCACAUGCCGUCUUUGGGGAAUAGCACGAAACAAUGUACGAUUGAGCCUAGACGAAUUGCUGGUUCGAACAGGAUUCACAACAAUGGACUCGACGGUUUCCGAGGAUCUUUAUCGGCUCCUCUGUAGCUUUAUUGGUUCUUUGUGUUUCCGGUAGCACUACGAAUAAGAUGGUAUUUUCAAAUG